UUCUCCAAUUUUAGCCGGAAAGCCCCCACGAAUUAUGUACUGAAAAAUAAAUUAACAAAAACCCCCCCGGAGAACAAAACUCUUCUCCUCCAAGCCCUCAUAUCGCCGGAAUCUCGAGUUCCGGCGGCGAAAUCCCACCCUAAAGCUACCUCUCCCCGGCGUCCCCUCGACUUGACCGCGCACUGAGGCGGUCUCCGGCAGGCUCUCCCCGGUGGUGGUAGUGACGUUUCUUCUCGUUGCUGUUUACGUCAACCGUGACUUCCGGAAACCCCAAGCUGGAUGAUGGGGUUCUCCCUCUUCCCGAUGAAGACGUCGACGCGCCUCCUCUGGAGCACCAGCUUCUUCCGCCAUAAGACCAUCUCCAUCCUUGCCUUCUUCUUCUUCCUCUUCUUCUUCUUCUAAUCCGAUCUAUAGAUCCCCUUCCAUCGAUCCCGACCGAUCGAGAUCCCAGGGAGAGGAGUACAUACAUACAUACACCUAGAAGCGAGUACAUAGAGAGAGACGUACCUGCGAACCCAGAUCAGACCGUCGAUCGACUCCGAUCUAAGACCAGGGGAUGGAUUCUGGCCGUCUGAUCUUUGACUCGGCUUCCUCUUCGUCCUCCCGCGGCCCCCUGCUCCUCUGGGGCGGCGGAAAUCCCGUCCUUGGAGCGGUGAGUCCGGUGGUGGUUGGGGUGGCCGAGAAGGGCGGCGCAAGCAAGCGGCGGCCGUUCUUCACGUCGCCGGAUGAGGUUUAUGAGGAGUACUACGAGGAGCAGCUGCCGGAGAAGAAGCGCCGUCUCACCUCCGAACAGGUCCACUUGCUAGAAAGGAGCUUCAAGGAGGAGAACAAGUUGGAGCCAGAGAGGAAGAGCGAGCUGGCUCAGAUGCUAGGGUUGCAACCCAGGCAGGUGGCGGUCUGGUUCCAGAACCGGCGUGCCCGAUGGAAGAACAAGCAGCUGGAGCGCGACUUCGAUCAGCUCAAAUCCUCCUACGAUGCGCUCCUCUUCGACCACGAUGCCCUCCUCAAGGACAACCACCGCUUGCGAUCGCAGCUGAGCACACUGGCUGAAAAGCUAGAAGAAGCAAACGAGCAAGGAGCAUCAGGCGUCACCGUGCUGACGGUGGACGAUCAGGCGGCGUCAACCGCGGAUCUGACGGUCCUGAACAUCCAGCAGAAGAAGGUGGAGGACAUGCUGAGCCCCGGGAGUGGAGGAAGCGCGGUGGUCGAAGCGGACGGCGGGCAUCAUCUUGUGGAGAGCAGCCGGGAGUCUUACCUCCCGGAGAACUACCACUGUGUGGAGCUGGUCGACGUCGUCGGAAUCCAUUCCGAGGACGACAUGAGUGACGAGGGUUGCAGCUACUACCCCGAUGGCAUGUUUACGGAGCACCACCAGCAGGAGGAGGUGGAAGCUCAACUGGAUUGGUGUAUCUGGAACUAAGUACAUGGAUGAGAUAGCCUGGCUGCUGCAUGCAUGCAUGCAUGCUGCCGCUGCUGUUUAAAUGUCACUAGUCGAACAUUGUUGGAUGUGUACUACCUGUAUGAUGAGAUGUUUUUGGAUCGUAAGAAUAUGUACUUAAGAGGAAAAAGGCUAUGCAUGUUUGGGUUUAUUAUCCUAGUAAGUAAUGAACUCUGCUUGCUUCA